AUGGUUAUUGCCAGAGAUGAUCUCGCGGAUCUUGGAGUUACCCCGAGAUUGGCGACAUGUCCUGCCUGCACGGCGUUUGCAAGGACGGUCUUUGUACACGACAGUCUCAGUCCUCGCAGUAAAACAUCACUCGGUGUCAAAACCGUCUUCACUCUAGGGCUGUCUCUGCUGUGGUCUCGCCAAAAGCCACGCUGCGCCUGGUUUACGCACUACUGCGGUAACUGCGGGCUAAGACUUGUCUUUUGCGAUGAGGCCGGCAAUCGAAAUUAUGUAGAGCCUUCGCAGCUAAUUGCCCUGCGCUCGGCAGAUGGUGUUGCUGGGAAAACGGCACCCUCACCAUAUCCUACCAGCAGCCUGACAGUAAAGGAUGUUCCCGGUGCGGAGGUCCGAUACCGUCAUCUGCGACCAACAUCCGUGUUCUCCGUCCAGUUUGGGGGCAAGCCAGGAGUGCCCUCCAAAAUCGUGCGCAUUCGAGGCACGGGCGGGACCUAUAUCGUCGAUUGCCCAGAUUUGGACUGGGAUGCCAAGUUUGGCGUGGAUUUUCUUAUCCCGAAUAGAAUCAACAAGGCCAAAGCGGUCAAGACAAUGUGGUCCCCUAGAAGACCAUCCAUCAGGAUAUCGUCGUCGUCGGGAGAUGCAGGUGCUAGCGACACUGCUGGGCUUGUACAGCUGUCGCAGAUGCGAUGGGAUAUCCGGCUAUAUUUUACCAAAGAAACGAUUGCCCGGCUCUCAUCACCCGAGUAUGAGUCCAUCACGAUUGGGGCACACGACGAAAACAUCUUUGACCCGGAACUGCCGUAUGUCCUCUGGAAGAGCAGCGAGGGACAUUUGCUCUGGACCAGCCGACUCGCCAAAGACGGUACCACGUCUGCGAAUAAAAUCGAGAAGCGCCUCAUACUCGUGGACUCGUAUGAUAGACUUGUCGCCAUGGAGGUUGACUCUGAGCCGAGAUCGACGCGGGGGCGAUACAUCAAGACAACCGACCCACCGCCGGCGCCCUCAUCGUCACGAAAGCUCUGCAUAUAUAACAAUCUGCAGAAGCCACUUGUCGAUGAGAUCGUGACUAGUUACGUGGCAGUGCUAGCACAGAUGUUUCGGAAAGCUCACAAGGAUUAUCAACUGCUCAUGGAGACGCAGCGAUUCUAG